AUGGCUCUACCGGUGCGGCUGGGCAAAACCGCUCCCCGAUUGAUACAGGAUGUCUUGUGCUAUGAUCCGGCGAGCCCCUCGCGCCCGAAAUUCAACCCUUUGAAAGACCUGCCGGCUAUAUUCUACGACGAGGCUACAUACGUUGACCAGGCUGACCCGGACGGCUGUCCCCAUCGCUACAUCACAAAGCCUCAUCAGUCGGUGCUCCCUUCAACGGAGAAGCAGCGUGUUCCAGGCGCCAGAUACAAGGUCUCGUCGAUAUGUCAGAAGUGCCGGCUCCAUCUCGAGCUGGGGAUAGUGUUCAAGAACCAGCUUGCCUGCGGUACAGGCAGCUUGCACCACCUGACUUACUCGCACAAGGAGUCGACCGACAGGCUCAGGAACUCCUUCCAGACAAAGGGCCAGCCGCUGGAGGUAUAUGUCUAUACCUGUGCGCACACCGGAUGCUCAGCCUCAGUCCAUCUAAAGCUGUCGGCUCCCCUUCUUACCCCGGACUGGGUGGAUCUCCUGACCAACGAAGACACCCUGAAACAGCGUGUAGAUGACGCCUUGGCUCUGGAGCCGGAGCGGUUGGAAGGCAUAGGUCGACCGCUGCCAUUGACCGUCCUCACCCACCUGAAAACGUACAUUGACAAUGCAUUGCAUGAUGAACAACGGAAUCGGUCUAUUAACCUUGCAAACAAGAAGUUCACCGUGUGCUUUGGCUCAGGCGGAGAGCCCUGCAAGCCGUUGUUUGAAUAUCUAGGCUUCAAGCUAGCUGAGGACCGCUGGGACCCGCCUAAGCCAAAUACAAAAGCGCUGAAGCCAUACACGGAUCCAGUGAACAUAUUCCUCGACAAUAUCUCAUAUGAACUGCUGGCCCUCAUAAGCCAGCGGCCACAGCAUGAGAUAGAGGGCCAGGGAACAAGCCUUGUUUUCACACCGUCGUUGAGCCAGUUCCAUCAGCUACUUGGAUCGGAAGACUAUGCAAAAACCCGUGCUAAUCCCCAGACUCGCCAAACAAAGGCUCCAUAUUACGAGCAUCUAGGCACGCUAGGCGACAUGUCUAACGAACUGAUAAUCGAGGCAUACCGCCGACAAGUCAAGCUUGCACCUGCUCGAGGUAGCUACUACCUCCGAUGCUUACGGUCAAUCGGCCACUGGCGAGAUCCCGUUGAUGGCAAGCCAAUACAGAAUUUCGUUGAGUACGAAUACGAAACUGGCAAAUACGCUGAUGAUGAUCUACCUGAUUCUUAUCGGUAUUUCAAUUUCGAUUAUUUCAAGGAGCGCCUUAUAACAGAUGAUGCUAUCAUUGGUUCAUUUUAUGCUCGGCUUGAAGAUACGCAGAACGAUAUGGAAUUACGAAAACAUCUCUGGAGGAUAGGCGACCAUCGCAAGAGUGAAAAGAUAAAGGCUGUUGCGGAAGAGAGAGUGUCUACUGCAGAGCAGGCAGAGGUGUUCCUUGGUGUUCAUCCAGAUACACCAGAUGAUUUUAUAAUUUCUAUGUAUGCUGCCAAGAUUAGCGAUAACCCCGGGACCAAAGAUCUAGCCAAGCGGGCUGUUCGCCUAAUUGCAGACUCUCGAAAAUCUGAAGCUCUACAGCACUUUGUAAAAACAGGGGAAACGGGCACUACUCAAAUGGAUAUUGGUGAUGCAUUCCGACUACUGCAGAUCCCAGAUCGAUCAGUGGAUGAUGCCGCGAUAUUAGCUGCGUUCUCAGUCUGUUGCUCAGAGGCCCCUGAGCAGGUGGAAACGUACCGACAAGCGCUCGGCGUUAUUGCAGAAGAGAGUGGGAGCGCGAUGAUCCGCAGUGUACUUGCAGACGACAAUUCCCAGGUGAGCCGUGCAUUGCUCGACUGGCCUGUUGGACUUCGAAAUAUCGGAAACACCUGCUACUUAAAUAGCUUGCUGCAGUUUUAUUUUACUAUACAGCCAUUUCGAAAUAUGGUUCUAGACCUUGAACGAUACAAGACAGAAUUGGACGAUAACGCGAUUCAUAACAAAAAGGUCGGAUCUCGAAAGGUAUCCCUCUUGGAAAUACAGCGUUCACAGAAAUUUCUCGGCCAGCUAAAAACCCUCUUCAAUGACAUGAUUACGUCUCCCAAUUCAUUUGUAACGCCAACCCAAGAGCUUGCUAGAUUGACUUUGCUCAGUUCCACAAGUGAGGCAGCAAUUAGACGCAAAUCCCUUUCAACGCACAGAGUUUCAGAGCUGGGAGAUAUCAACGGCAUGCCUAUAAUGGGGCCUGUUGGCCCACCUACUCCUAUACCCGAAGAGCAGGCAGUCAAGGCCGUCGAAAACGCGCCAGACAAGGCAGAACCGGUUAAAGACGACGCUGGCGUCAUCGCUCCCACUGGUACACCUAACGAGCAUGUCUCGGAUGCUUCCCCAGAAACAAAUAUCAUCCCCAGUAUAGAGGCAGACGGCGCGACCGAUACCCCCGCUGGAGAUAACAAUACAUCUGAAAAGCCCGCGCCAGAAAUAAUUGCAGCACCAAAUAGGGCCCCGCCAGUUCCGCCGCGACCAGCCCCUCGCGUUGAUAAUGAACAGCUAAUUCGAGAAGAAGUGGAACUUGGUGCGCAGCAGGAUGUCACGGAGGUGAUUAACAAUGUUCUCUUCCAGGCACAGUGUGCAAUCAAGCCAACCAAGAUCGACGCGGACGGGAACCAAAUUGAUCUAAUCAUGGAUCUCUUCUACGGUCAAACCAAGUCCUAUAUAACAGCAAUGAACGGGAUUCGUUCCAAAAAUGAGCUCUGGUCAGAUAUCAAAGUUGAUGUUGCCACCGGUUCAAGAGAUAUCUAUGCUGCCAUUGAUGGGGCAUUUGACAGACAAAACGUGCAUGUGGAAGGGGCAGAUGCGGAGCAGUACGGCGCUAUCAGCAAGAUUCCACCAGUACUCCAAGUCCAGGUGCAGCGUGUUCAGUUCGAUCAGGUGAAAAAAUCGUCAUUCAAGUCUACUCAUCAUCUAGAUUUGAAGGAAACUAUAUACAUGGAUCGAUAUAUGGACGUCCCAGAGCAUGAUAGCAUGGGGUUGUAUAAACGUCGCCGAGAAAAGUGGGCUUGGAAAGAAGAACUCAACGGAUUGAGAGCUCGACGGGCAGAGCUUCUAAACAACGAUGUACCACUCCCUUCACUGAAGAAAUGGGCAUCUCUCCCAGACGUUUUUAAAGAUGCACGAGACAAAAUCCAGGAUUUGCGAUCGAUGGGGGAUGACCCUGAGAUCGCAGACGAGGCAAUAGAAAUCGACGAACAAGUGACGACGCAACUCUCAAAUCUAGAAACAAUGACGAGAGGGGAGCUCGCACGCAUCGACUCCCGAGCGGAACAACUCACCCAAUUAAUAGAUAACCAAUUCUCUGACAUGCAAUCCCUUCCGUACCAUCUCUACGCAGUGUUCAUCCACCACGGAUCUGUCGAAUUCGGACAUUACUACAUUUAUAUAUUCGAUUUCGAGAAGCAGAUAUGGCGCAAGUACAACGACACCGAAGUAACGGAAGUGCACAGCACGGCCGAAAUUUUCAGCGACCGCAAUUUGCAGAACCCGCCUACCCCUUACUUCCUCGUGUACCUGAACGACCGGCUCAAGGAACGCCUGGCGAAACCCGUGUGCCGUCACGUCGAGGAGACGCCAGCCCCGACAGCAGCCCCAGUGACCGACAAUACAAAGCCAAGCCAUUCCCACGGUCACGGCGACAGUGGUAAGGGGGAUAGCAAUGAUGCCGACACAGAGAUGACCGAUCUGCCUCCUGGGUAUGACGAGGCACAGAGGACAGCCCCAGGUAGGGAGAGCUCAUAUCCAAUCCAGGAGAGAAGCUCCCGUCGGCCAAACAGCCCCCAUGCUCGAGGAGACUGGGAAAAGGACUAUGCUGACGAGCCUCGUGUGGCAUGGUAG